AUGGCCACCACUGAUGUGAAUGUGGGCAAGUUGGGGAAGGUAAGCUUCAGGACAUUUGAAAAGAGAGAGAGAGAGAAAUGUCACAAGUUUCUAACUUUACAUGUCCUUUUAUUUUUCAAGAUAAUCCUCUAUGAGGACAAAAACUUCCAGGGCCGCUCCUAUGAGUGCAUGAGUGACUGUGCCGACAUGUCCCCCUACCUGAGCAAUUGUCAGUCCUGCAAGGUGGCACAUGGCUGCUUCAUGGUUUAUGAUCGCCCCAACUUCACAGGAAACCAGGUUUUCAUGAAGAAGGGCGAGUAUGCCGACUACAUGAGCAUGAUGGGAAUGACCAGCGGGAUCAAGUCUUGCCGUAUCAUCCCUGUUGUAGGUCUUAAACAGCUUCAAUCCUGCAAUGGCUCCACUAUGUGUAAAAACAUCCACAUUAAUUUACAUGAUUUUUUUUCCACUCUCCAAUGAAAAGCAGCAAAUGGGCGUCUACAAGAUCAGGCUCUUUGAGAAGGAGAACCUCAAAGGUCAGAUGCAUGAGCUGAUGAAUGACUGUGACAACAUCGAGGAUCGCUUGCACAUGUCGGAGUGCAAGUCCUGCAAUGUGUUGGACGGCCACUGGCUGCUGUAUGAGCAGCCCCUCUUCAAAGGCAAGAUGGCGUAUCUGAUGCCCGGGGAGUACAAGAGCCUCAGAGAGAUGGGCAACCUCUCAAAGAUCAUGAGCCUGAGGUGCAUCAUGGACAUGUGGCUAGAUGCUGUAUUUCAUAAAUAA